GCUGUUUAUCAAAUAUUUGAAAAGAAGCAUGUUUAACGGUUGUGACGGUUAAUCUUUGAAUCCUUUGAGUUGUUUAAGACCUCAUCUGUUCUUCCUCAGUGUUCUUUUUAGAAAAUUUCAGCUAAUAAAAUGGAUAAACCUACUUCUCGUUUACCAUUGAAGAGAAAAUUACCAAUUUCUAAUAACGAACAAUCAUCGUCAAAUAAACCGCAUUUAAACCGGCCCAAAAAUUUGAGACGUUCUAAAUCAGUUACUGAUUUGAAGCUAUCGAAAGGUUUGGAAUCAACAUCUGUUGUAACAUUAGGAAAACGACCAGCCCCUGUUAUGAAAGCACCAAUCGUAAAACCACCGAAGCUAGUAAAAGCGAAUCCUAAACCGGAAAAAGAGAAUAAUAGUAAGCCACAUCCUCGUAUAGCACCAUACGAUUACAAAGGCAGAUUCAAUGCUUUAUCUGAACGUUUUGACAAAUUCAAAGCUGCUCAUCUGACGUGUAAAGACACACAAAAUUCGUAUGAGGACUUGUCAAAGAAAUAUGAAUCUCUAAAAGACGAAUUUGAUGAAAUGAAACCUAAAUAUGAAUUACAAUAUGCCGAAUUAAGCAAGUAUAAAAGUGACUGUAAGGAUUUAAAAAAAGAAGUGACGAGUUUAAAAACAAAAUUACAAAAGAGUGAUAAUGUAGUAAAAUAUCUUCAAAUUCAAUCUGAAGAACAAGAAAUUAAAAUAGAAAAAUUAAACGAUACCAAUCAGAAAUUUGAACUAAGAUUAGAAGAUAUGGGCAAUUUGAUAGAUAAGCAGCGGAAAAGAAUUGAAGAAGCCGAUAAAGAACGAAGGGUUUUACAUAAUUUGGUCCAAGAACUAAAGGGAAAUAUACGAGUAUUUUGCCGGGUUCGACCCCCGUUGUCCACUGAGGAUCAACGACUAACUCUCGACGUUAAUUAUAAUUCUGAUAAAAUUGAAAUUAGGACGCCACAAACCUCCAGCGUUAAUGCUAAAACAAACGCACCUCUUGUACAGGAAUUUUCUUAUGAUGCUGUCUUCCCACCUAGAGCAACUCAAAAAGAAAUUUUUGAAGAUCUAGAUAUGCUUGUACAGUCAGCGUUAGAUGGUUACCAUGUUUGUGUAUUUGCUUAUGGACAAACCGGAUCAGGAAAAACAUAUACUAUGCAAGGAAAUCCCUCGGAAAAUGACCGUGGUAUGAUCCCGCGGUCAGUCGAAUCUCUAUUUAAAAGAAUAUCAGAUUUAAAGAUAGCGGGUUGGACGUAUGAAGUAGAAGCAAGUUUCUUGGAAGUGUACAAUGAACAAAUUAAAGAUUUGUUGAAUCCAUUAUCAAAAUUACCACAUGAAAUAAAAUACAACGAAGGAAAAGGAGUUAUCGUCACAAAUUUGGAAAUAAAAACUGUCAAAUCAGAUUCUGAAUUGCAAGCAUUAAUAUCUACAGCUGAUCGAAACAGGGCAGUAGCCGUGACGAAUUAUAAUGAACAUAGUUCAAGAUCUCACUCUGUCACCAAGAUCACCCUCCGUGGAGUUGGUGACAAUAACACGACGAUUUUAAAUGGGUCGAUAAACUUAGUUGAUUUGGCAGGUUCGGAAAACGCGAAGUUGAGUGACACUAUAACAGAAACUAAACAUAUUAAUAAGAGUUUGGCUGCACUUGGAAAUGUAAUGUUGGCUUUGCACAAUGGUAAUCGACAUGUUCCUUACAGAAAUUCGAAGCUGACUUAUUUAUUGGGUUCUUGUUUAGGGGGCAAUUCUAAGACAUUAAUGUUUCUAAAUAUUGCCCCUUUCCAGGAUUGUUUCUCGGAAACAAUAAACGCUUUGAGAUUUGCACAACAAGUAAAAAAUGUAAAAAUGAAUUUUAAAAAAAACAAGUGUAUGUUAUAGUUUUAAAAAUAUUAGCAUUUUAA